GGGGCACGCUGCCCAGCUCCUCCUCCGCGCCCGGCCUGGCGGCGACGGCCACUCCAACCCUACGUAGGUCCCAGCAAGAGGAGGAAGCGCGAGGCCAGCGCCGCCAGACGCAUGGAGCCCAACGUGCGCUUCUGGAUCGCGGAAAGCCGAUCUUUUGUUCAGAGGCUUCUUCAGUGGACAGAAUUAUUAGAUCCUACAAACUUGAUCACUUCAAUUGAAAAAAUAGAAAAAUCAAGGCAACUGCUGUUUACCAGUGAAGAUGCAUACAGAUUCGACGUGGAUGACCAGAGGAUUAAAAAUGCUUGGAAAAGAAGCCUCUCAACCGUGCAUCCUGACAGCAGCAGGCUGAUACCCAUUCUUUUCCGACCUGCAGCUUUCCUGCCUUUGACGGUGCCCACGGUAUUUUUGUCAAUGAUGCCAGCAAAAGGGAUGAAGUCCAUGAUUUUACCCCAGGUUUCCUUAUAUGCCUACACCACAGGGUUCACCAUGGUCAAUGGAAACGCAAGUUAUAGUCACAGUCUACCAGCAAAAAUAUUAUUAGGAGCAGGAGUAAUUGCUUCUUCGACCUUCUUUGGGUUAAUUCCACAUUUGGUACAAAUGAAGUAUCAUCUGGAUAACGCUUGGAUCAAAAGAGCCUUACCGAUUGUCUUUCUUGCACAAGUCAGUGGAAUGAAUGUUUUUGCUUCUCGGAGUUUGGAGCCUGUCCGAGGGAUUGAGGUCAUGGACAAGGAUGGCAAAGUCAUAGGACGUUCCAGAAGAGCUGGGAGAAAGGCUGUUAGAGAAACAGCAGUCUCCAGGGCAGUGCUGUUUGGGACCUCGGCUUUUAUUCCUGAAGUCUUCACCUACUUUUUUAAAAGAACCCAGUUUUUCCUGCAAAAUCCACAAUCCUUAUGGACCCUAAAACUGUCCUGUACUCUCCUGGUGAUGGGGGUGAUGGUGCCCGUGUCUUUCAGUAUGUUUCCACAAAUUGGACAGAUAAAGUACAGUAAACUUGAAGAGGAAAUUCAGGCUUUGACAGAAGAAACAGAACUGUUCUAUAACAGAGGGGUGUAGGCGCCAGUUAUAAGUGAUUCUGGCUCCUGCUUGAAGACCUCCCUGCCCUCCAGGUUUUAGUUCAGAAAACCCUGCCGAACGUCCCUGGGAACCCCUAGAAGCAGGAUGGCUUUUAGGGACUUUGAGGCUGGUGGAAGAAGUGAUAGGAGUGUGUCCUGACCAACGCCCCACGUGAGGCUGCUGAUCAGCAGCAGCCUGUGAGAGGACUGUGCAACUACUAAUGAACUUUGUCUAAAGUUGAAUAUUGAAACAGUACAAUGAAGGGUGCACCUGGCCCAGGAUGUGGGCAUUAAAAUGACAUCUCAUCUCCAGAUAAGCGCAAGCAGCCCUGUUUCCCUCCUCGGCUCACUCCAUCCUGGACAACCUGCAAGUCCUGCCAUGCUGCCCACUGUGCUGUACCCGCUGCACACUGACAGGAGGCUCUCUGCCUCCUUCCACGGAAAACCAAGGAUGUUGGCCAGCAGUGACCUCCUGGUUGGCGCCCAAUUAGCAAACCUCCUCCACUCACACCCAGCCUGUCCAUGUAAGGUUACCUGUCCCUAGGUUCUGGGCUCCUCCCUUUGGACCUCAGGGCCUUGCACUACAGCCUCUGCAGUCCCCUCUGGCCUCAGCCUCCCUCUCUGCUGGCUCCUCCCCAGGAGCAUUUAAACUGCCUCAUUAAAAAAGCAAAAGUCCAUCCACAGUCAGUGCGCACUGCAUCAGCCCAGCUUCCAUUCUGCCGAGACUAUUCUCACCAGUGCCACCCAAAGGCCUCACUGCCACCAUGCUGGGCCCUCUGACAGUCCUGGUCCUGAGGCUCUUAGCCAGCUGCCUGCUGCACCUGGCUCUUGGGAUGCCCAUGGACUCCUCACACUGGCUGUGUGGACAGGAGCCCUGGUGGCCUUAACCCCCUUCCCCUCCCUCCUGAUCAGCAGAUUGGCCCAUCUAGUCAAGAGUCCAGAACACUUCAUGAUCUCUGCUGCCAGCUAAGCUCAGUGCAGCAGUCCCCCCUGCUGGUGCUCCUCAUCUGCUGCCCAGCUCCAGCCAGUCCAUGCACAGCCUGCUUUUCUAAACCAUGCCUGAGAAGCUACCCAGUGUGUCAAGUCCAUGCCUUGCCAUGCCCCACAGGAGCUUCUGCCUUACUCAUCUCUCGCCAUUCCCUCUCCUCAUUGUUCCUCCAUGGGCUCUGGUCUCCUCUGGGCCUUCACAUAAGCUCUUCCCUCUGCUCUGGGCUUGGACAGUUGCUGCCUCCAGGAGGCUUCCAGAAUUCACAGUGCUGAACUCUGUGUCCCUGCCUGGUGCUCCCAUAGUGCCCCAUGUUUCCUAUGUGGGAUUUAAGUCUGGCCACAAUGAAGUACAACCUGUUGGCUGAUCCUAUUCCCCCCAGUAAGACUUCAUGUGCCUGCAGAGCAGGGACUGUUGCUAUCGGGGUAGCCCCAGGAUAUAGCCCAGGGCGUGGCACAGAGGUGUCCACACACUUGGGUACUGGAGCAAUGUCUCCAAAUGCCCUACCCAGACCACCAAAGAAUGUUUCUGUGACUCACUUUUCCCUUGGUUAGAAUAACAGUUAUUUCCAAACUUAGUAAAAAGGAGUUUUACAGAAGGCUAUAGAACAAAACCAGUAAAAAUUACCUACUAGAUGGCUCAGUCUGGCCACAGGCUUACUUUAAAUUAAAGGUAGAGAUCAAGAUGGAAAAAAAGAGGUGGGUGCAGUGGCACAUCCUGUAAUCCCAGUUACCCAGAAGGCUGAGGCAGCAGGAUCACAAGUUUAAGAUCAGCUCGGGCAACUUUGUAACACCAUGUCUCAAAAAGAGCUGGGGAUGUAGAUCCACGGUAGAGCACUUGCCUAGCAUGUGUGAGGCUCUGGAUUCAAUCCCCAGUACUGGUCAGGGGUUAGGGUUGGGGGCACGCAGGGGGAAUGGGCUGGGUGCAGUGGGUGGGGGAUACAGGACAGUGGUAGAGCGCCCUGGGUUAAAUCCCAGUGCACAUACACAGGCAGAUGAUGGACAAAGGCUUAAUGGAGGUUCAGCCACUUACAGAUGAGCAAGUAGAAGCGUGAAGGCCUCUUCCCAGGACAGUUCUCUUGGAAGUUGGGGUGGAGUGGGGCAAGGCUGGGAGCCUCGCUGUAGCCUGGAGACUGCUUUACCUUCCAGACAACUCUUUUCAUAACUCCUCAGUCCCUUAGCAAUUGGAAAAGAGGAUUUUUUUUUUCUCUUACUUGGAAUGGGGAGAAAGAGAGAGAGCCAUUUUAAUUCUGCAUCAUAAAUUUGUAAUUUUAACAAGUUUGUUCAUUAGCUAAUACAAUAUUACCCCCCAAAAGGGGGGGGGGGUGUUAGUAUUCAUUUUCAUAAAGUGCAGAUUUAAUUCUCAAUCAUUUGCCUCAGUAAACAUCAUCUCAUUUCAGGUCCUCUCUGGCCCUGCCUAAGGAAGGAGGGGAAAAGGCUAUUUUUGUUUUUACUUAACAAUUGUCUAACACCCAGAAAAAAGAAAAAAAAAAAGAAAAAUCCAAUAGAUUGUUU